AUGUUGGGCACCACGAUGCCGGAACACGGAAUCUUCAAUCUGCCUGAUGGAUGGUGGUCAGAUCAAGCUCGAUUCCAACUUGAGCGACGCGCUAUUUUCAGCCAGGUAGGUUCACUGGAAGCUCAUUACUAUCAGCCGCGCAAGUCUGAUCUCGCUGCUAGACGUGGAUUUGCGCACAGAGCUUUCCCCGUCGCUCGGAAAAAGUCUGGCAGCGCCACCGUUCUUGGCUGCCGAUACCACGGAUGGAGUUAUAACACGGAGGGAAAGCUCACUAAAGCUCCCUAUUUCGACAAUCUCCCUGGUUUCGAUAGGAGCUUGAAUAGUCUCUUCGAAAUCCACACGGAGCAGGAUAGCGGAGGCUUCCUGCAUGUCAACGUGAGCCGAGAUGAGGGCGUGCCUGCUGCUGCAGUCUCAACCGGCCUAGAAAAGGACAAGAUUGAGAAGUUUGGGAGAGACUCAGAGUUCGUCGGAAGUUUUGAGUGCAGUGGAAAGUUCAAUUGGAAGAUCAUACUCGACCAGUCAGACGCAACAUUGCAUUCGACUGCGGCCAAUCUCACGAGCCUAGCCCGCUGGUUUCCUGUAGAGGGACCUAGCUCUAUUGGACAGCUAUCAUUCUUCCCUUUGACUACCGUACACACAAGGCUUAGUCAAUCUUUCUGGUACCAACUCACGUACAAUCCCGUUGCCGUUGAUCAAACCACUCUGCGCUGUGACAUUUAUGUACACAGUGCCCAAGUGUCUUUCAAGCUUGAUGGUUCUAUCAAGGAUUCACUUGAAAAGGAGAUACAGCAGAAGCUCCUCGGCUUUGAGCAUCAGUAUAAGCAACUCAUCACUGCCGAAGAAAAGGGAAUUGCCAAUGGUUACCAAGCAAAGAUUGCUGCUGCGGUCGAAAUGCAUCGACGGCGGGAGGCGCUCCAAGGCUUAGAAAUAAAUCCCGCUACACUGAAGCAGCAAAAUGGCGAGGCAAACCUCUCGAAAGCUGAAAGAAUCUGCCAAGCCGUGGACUGUGGCACUUCCAGAAAGCUAGAUUGUACCUGCACGCUACCAUGCCCCGACGUGGCCGCGGUAGGCAAACCAGAUUGUGCGGGCGCCGUUCCCGAGGCGGUUGCCACUCAUGCAAACAACGACAUGGAGGUCAAAUGCGAUGAAAGCAGGCCCACGUGUACGAACUGUGCAAAGAAAGGCUUGCUAUGCGACGGUUACCCUCAGCAAACCUUGAGGUGGUCAUACAAGCACGAGGUGACAGCAAGUGAGACAUUACAGCAGCAAAGGAAGUCGCCAGAGUCUCUGAACGGCAACUCAUCUAUCAUUACUAUGGAUCCACUGAUGGAUAACGAAUACGCCCGCGAGGUUGAGGAGGCUGGUGUAGUGGCGGACGGAGGAAUAGCUCUUUGGCCACAAUCAGAAGAUAUCGGCUUAUCAGAUCUUUUGGGCUUCGAUUCGACCAACAUGUUUGAUCAAGAAUUUGCUGGUAGCCUUGGAUCCAUCACUAUGGAGACUCCGACUCUCGACUUUUCGACUUUCGACAAGCUACCAAACUUCAGCUUUGAUACCUCACCUCAAGGGAACUCCUGGCUAGAUCCUGGUCUAUCCAGUCCAGUACAACCACUAGAGAUAGAUGCAGACCCUUCUAUGCGGCUUCUUAAAUGCUGGUUCGACGAAGUAUGCCAGGCAUGGUCCGGCUUCGACUCCAAGUCCAACAUGAAUCGAAGAAUGGCCGAAGAUCUUUGGCAAACCUCGGGUCCGGUCUUCACCGCUCUGCAAAGUAUGUCAGCCAGCUUCCUUUCGGCGCGACUACCGCAAAUGAGGCAAUCUGCUAUGAAUCUGCUCAAAUCGGCAACGCUGAGUGUCCAAGCUGAAAUACAGCAACUCAACGAGGAGAAUGUCCUAGAUGAGAUGCCUAGAGGUAUUAUGUUCGCACUGAUCUGCCUUGGUACAACAAUCUGUUGGUUGGAUACUCGUCGGGUUGGUUGGCCAUUUCUGCAAGAAGCGAAGUCACUGCUUCGAUGGAGCUCACAGGAACGAUUCGCUGCUGACGCUGAGAAGAUAAAGUUCUUUAACAAGAGUCUGAUUUACUGGGAUAUGUUGAUAUCAUUCAUAUAUGACCCGGAACCAGGUACGGACAUACACCAAGUCAGCGCACUACCAUCCAGCUUCCCGAGGUCUCAUCUCCUAGCUACUUACAGCCAAACUUCCUACGAGGCGGAGCCUCACCCGUGGACUGGCGUCUCGCUGCUAAGCACGACCCUUUUCACGCGGUCGAUUCGUCUUUGUCGGGUCUACCAACGUCGCACUGUUGAACGAGCACUGGACUCGCCUCCAACGACACCAGAGAUCGACCAGGCAAGGGAAUUGGAGGUGGAGCUGCUACAAUUGCAGCUUUCUCCUAGACCAUCGCUCACCGAUACAGGUGACCCUCGCACACCAGCUACUCAUCUUCUACAUGUGGCCGAAGCUUAUCAACUCGCCUCCUUGCUCCAGCUCUACAUACAGUUUCCUGCCUUGUUGAUGACACAUUCCCAAAUAGUGCUGCGAGACACUAGUGAAGAAGAAAUAACUAUGGUCUGGCACAAACGCAUCAUACCCCUCGCUCUUCGGCUCAUAGAAGUGCUGGAGCAAAUUCCAUCCGAGUCCGGCAGCUGUGCUAUCCAGCCCCUAUUGUACAUCUGCGCUGCCACAGGGCUUCGAUACACACCAACCUUUCCGACUGUCACGGAGCCCGGCGGCGGCAGUUCGGCUAAGCCGAGGCCCAUGGAAAGCAUUCUUGACUACCUAGACCUGCUGAAAGACCCAGUUGAGUGUGGUAAGCAGGUGGAGGACCCGCUGUCCGUUUCACAGAUGGCUAUCGACGUAAGCAAAGGACGAGCUUUUAUACUACGACGUCUGAGCUUGUUCAAAGAAUGCUUACAUCCCGGUCCAAUCGGAGUCGCUGAGAAGUUUGUGGCAGAAUUGUGGGCUGCCUAUGAUGAGGUGCCCAGCUGGAGCAUGGAUGUUUCUUGGAUCAUCCUUAUGGACAAAAAGGACCUACGAACUUUGUUCGGAUAA